AACGGAGUUUAACCGGGUGCUCGCCCGACCGUGAGACGGGCGGGGCCGAGAACCAAACAAAGCCAACGUCUCCCGAGCGGCUGGGGGCGGGGCCGGCCAGUCGAGUCGAGCCUGCCGGGGCCCGAGCGCAGGCCUUCCGCCGAGUUGAUCUUACGGUUGCUGGUCGCUGUGGGCCGCGCGGUCUGCGGUCGGCCUGAGACGCGCGGUGCAAUGGCGACCUUUGUGAGCGAGCUGGAGGCGGCCAAGAAGAACUUGAGCGAGGCGCUGGGGGACAACGUGAAACAAUACUGGGCCAACUUGAAGCUGUGGUUCAAGCAGAAGAUCAGCAAGGAAGAGUUUGACCUUGAAGCCCACAGACUCCUCACACAGGACAACGUCCACUCUCACAAUGAUUUCCUCUUGGCCAUCCUCACGCGUUGUCAGAUUUUGGUUUCUACACCAGAGGGUGCUGGAUCUUUGCCCUGGACAGGGGGCUCUGCAGCCAAGCCUGGAAAACCCAAGGGCAAGAAAAAGCUUUCUUCUGUCCGUCAAAAAUUUGAUCAUAGAUUCCAGCCUCAGAACCCCCUCUCUGGAGCUCAGCAGUUUGUGGCAAAGGAUCCCCAGGAUGAUGAUGACUUGAAACUCUGUUCACACACGAUGAUGCUUCCCACACGGGGUCAGCUUGAAGGGAGGAUGAUCGUGACAGCCUAUGAGCACGGGCUGGACAACGUCACUGAGGAAGCUGUUUCUGCUGUCGUCUAUGCUGUGGAGAAUCAUCUCAAAGAUAUACUGACAUCAGUUGUAUCGAGAAGGAAAGCUUACCGGGUACGAGAUGGCCAUUUUAAAUACGCCUUUGGUAGUAACGUGACCCCACAACCAUACCUGAAGAAUAGUGUGGUGGCUUAUAACAACUUGGUUGAAGGCCCUCCAGCCUUUUCUGCUCCCUGUGCCAGUCAGAAUCCAGCUUCUCAGCCACACCCUGACGAUGCUGAACAGCAGGCGGCGUUCCUGUUGGCAUGCUCUGGGGACACUCUACCUGCGUCCUUACCUCCAGUGAACAUGUACGACCUUUUUGAAGCUCUGCAGGUGCACAGGGAAGUCAUUCCUACACAUACUGUGUAUGCCCUUAACAUCGAGAGGAUCGUCAUGAAACUCUGGCACCCCAGUCACGAAGAGCUACAACAAGACAAAGUCCAUCGCCAGCGCUUGGCAGCCAAAGAAGGACUUUUGCUCUGCUAAAUCAGGGAUGGAAGAUUUAGGACCAUCACUAAAUUAAUUGGUUGCUGAAAAUUGCAAGCUUUUGACUCCACAUUUCAAAACUGAAGUGUAUAAUGUAUGUGUGACCUUUCCUAUGGAAAUGUGAUGUUGAGUGCAUUUUGUGUUGCUACUGUGAAGCUAUUAAUAGAUGCCUGACUGAGGAUGACCUGGGUGUCUGUGUCCCCAGGCAUAGGAGCAGCCAUUCUUCUGUACCUGAAUAGGGAGACUGAGGCAACUCAGGUGUAGUGUCUCUGGUCAAUGGUAAGGUAGGUGACAUGCUAAAAUAAAGAUGCUGUUUGUAGCACAGUCCCUAUGGUUAGGGGGGCUGCAUGUUCAGUGAUGUAUGUGCUGUAUCUGACAGUGAAAAAAUCUGCUUUCCCUGAAGAACUAUACUCUGCAUAUUGGUGGAAUAACCUAAUGUUAGUCAGAAUCUCCUUUAGUGACUAGUUAGCAGCUAGGGAAGUUCCCAGGCAACCCACUGUUUUCACCCCAGAGAACAGGAUUUGGAUUUGUGGUGGUUUUUGUUGUUGUUGUUUUUUUUUCCCUUUUAAUACUCUAGUCCAAUUCUUAGAAUGCAGUUUUCCUUGUAAUUCAGUUGUUUUAGCUUUAGUGUGUCUAAAGGCUGGUGGACAAGCCUGUUAACCCUUUAGAAAUGUUUUCAUGAAAUCUUACAAACUGCUGAUUUUCAUAUUUCUACAAAAUGUUUUACUCUUUCAAGUGGUACUAUGAUCUUACAUUUGACAGUGUUACUGGUAACCAACUUGUUUUAAAGCGAUGUUACUUUUCAUUCAUGUAGUAUUGAUGGAUAAAUUAGAUGUACAGAUGGGUUAUCAGAGACCUAAGCAGUAGAUACAUGUAUUUUUGUGUGUUCCUAUAUCUGGAUCUGUGGAUUUGAUUUUGUAUUUUAAAUAUGACAAAUAAACAUUUUGGG